GCAAGAGUCAGUCGCAUGGAUUCGAUCUUAUCUCGAGGAUGUGGAUGUAUUAUACGGAAGGCCGGGGAGAAUUGGGAAAGAAUAGAACGAAUAUUCCCGAAACACCAAUUUAUUUACUAUGCCGAUAAUGAACGAUUUGAACUUGUCUAAUUAUUCUGACGAGAACGGUGAGCCAGUUGAUACGAAGAGAAUCAAAUCCAACGAUAACGACGAUUUUUGUAAUGCUGCUUUGGAAGCAGAGAAAAACGAUGUAGAGAAUACAGAUCUGACAAAUAACGAACAUGAUGAUGAUGAGGAAGCAUCGCUGGCGAAUGACGAACGAUGCGACGAUGACAGUUUAUUUCCAUUUCCACCAGAUACAGACGUUACAGAUAUGUUAGAUGGAGUUAGAUACAGCUCCUCAUUUCCUACUAUUACGGAACGAUAUUUUACUCCCUACUACAAAUUGGAUGUGCAAAGUCCGAAAGAUGAUAUUUGCAUUUUGAUGCAUAGCAAUCGUAUUUGUAUGCUCACUCUUGCUCGCAGUCACACAGUAUUUCAGGACAAUCAACAGAUAACCGCAGUCGAUUUCAAAGUUAGCCAUAAAUUGGACAGAGUACGGAAUAAAGUUUCUGGCAAGAGCAAGCACGGCGCUCAACCUUUGCAAACCAAUUCGAACAUUUGUAUAAUCACUUGCUCGGACGAGAAAACGUACACAAUCAAGUGUUGCAUAAUUGGGAAAUUAGUGGAGGUGAAUGAGGCACUGUUGCAGAAUCCGAAAUUGUUGCUGGGCCCUCCGCACGAGGGAGGAUACUUGGCUAUAGUUCUACCAAACAUAAAACUUUUAGAGAGAAUGAAGGAAUCUUUCUUGACGCAAGAACAAUAUGAUUCGACGAUGUUGGAGCGACGAAAUCAGAAUAAUCAAAUACAGAAAUCGACUUAGGAACAUUGAACGUUGGAUAAAUACUUGUUCGGUCGGACACUGAACGUAGUCCGAAUUAAAAUUACCUAAGUAUGAUGGUUAUCUUCUGCGAGCCGAUUCGUUCACACCUGUAUCUCCAAUGAUCACUGAUAAAGUAAAUAAUUUCAACAAUA